UCACAAGGAUGAAAUGAAGUGAAGCUAUAAAUGUUGACAAAUUCUACUGCAACAGUGCAGACGGAACGAACUAUAAUUUUGUUUCCGUUACCACUGUAUUAAUUUUAAUAAUUUUUUACUUAUCUCAUUAACAUUCCAUAUUUUAUUUAUAAAAAUGAUGCAAUUUAUGCUUUUAUUUAGCCGGCAAGGUAAGUUGAGACUUCAAAAGUGGUAUGUUGCUCAUCCUGAUCGACUAAAAAAGAAAAUAACUAGAGAAUUGGUUACUACAAUUUUAACCAGAAAACCAAAAAUGUGUUCUUUUCUGGAAUGGAGAGAACUGAAAGUUGUUUAUAAAAGGUAUGCAAGUUUAUACUUCUGUUGUGCCGUAGAACAGUGUGAUAAUGAACUUCUUACUUUGGAGAUUAUUCACCGCUAUGUGGAACUUCUGGAUAAAUAUUUUGGAAGUGUUUGUGAACUUGAUAUCAUUUUCAACUUUGAAAAAGCUUAUUUUAUUCUUGAUGAAUUACUUCUUGGGGGAGAAAUCCAGGAAACUAGCAAAAAGAAUGUUUUAAAAGCUAUAGCUGCACAAGAUCUACUACAAGAGGAGGAGACACCACAAGGAUUUUUUGAAGACCAUGGUUUAGGAUAAAAGUUGAAGACUUGAAAUCUUACAAAAGAAACACACAGCAAAUCUUAUGAAAAGGACGGGAACAUAGUUAUAGGCUUUCUAAAUAUAUAUGAUUAUCACAAUCUGCUUAAAAUAUUUCUUUUACUAUGCACUUAUAUAUAUUUUGCCUAAGAUGUUGACUGUUUAAUAUGAUCUAUUGUAGCUUGUUUUAUAAGAUUUUAAUGAAGUUUAUUGUGGCUGAAUGUAUGAAUUCCAUUAAAUUAUGUAUUUUAA